GAUAUAUUCCACCUUGCAAUGAAAAUAUUUCUCGUAAAUAAUAACAUAUAAAUACGAGAGAUAUCCUUAAUACACAGUGAGAUGUGUAGUGUGGUGAGUGUGAGGUGCCAUGUGUAGUCCCUUCGCCCUUUCUCUCUUCUCCUCCCUGUGGGCCCGAGCCGUUUUUCCGGUUAAUCUCUCUCAAUCGUAUUCGUACCAUCCACCUACUCAUCGAAUCACUAGCCGUUCUUAUUGAUCCCACACCGUCCUCUCUCUCUCUCUCUCUCUUCACUUCUUUUUCUCUCUCCAUUUUCGCACUUAUAAAAGCCACUCCCUCCCAGCUCCCCUGCAAGCUUCAGGCGAGAACAAGAUUAUAUAAAGAAAAAGAGAAAAAACAAAGACGUUAUAUCGGUACUGAAGAUCUUCGACACGGGAGAAGAAGGUGCCUAGCCAGUCCAAGAGUCUUCCUCUGUGAGUGCCGCAACACAGGAAGACCUUAAAAUGAAACUCGGGAUCGCCCCAGUUCGGCCCUGCACUAGUUUCCCAACUCCAAAAUGCGCGUUUGCGAUCCGCUGUACUGCGUCGCCAACCCAACCGGCACCGGCUGGACUGGGGAAGAGAUGGAGGGAGUACCAGGGAAUCAAGAACUGGGAAGGCUUGCUUGACCCGCUCGACGAUAAUCUGCGAGGGGAGAUACUCAGGUACGGGAAGUUUGUCGAAGCCGCUUACAGUUCCUUCGAGUUCGACACUUCGUCUCCAUCCUACGCCAGCUGCCGCUUCUCUCGAUACUCUAUGUUGGAGAAGUCCGGCAUGCCGGAUUCCGGGUACCGUGUCACCAAGAAUUUGAGUGCCACCUCGGGAAUCCAACUGCCACGAUGGAUCGAAAAUGCACCCAGUUGGGUAUGGAACCAGUCGAGCUGGAUUGGUUACGUGGCAGUGUGCCAGGACCAAGACGAGAUUGCUCGGCUUGGGCGCCGCGACGUGGUGAUUGCUUACCGGGGAACCGCUACAUGCAUGGAGUGGCUGGAAAAUCUACGUGCCACGCUGACUCGUCUCCCCAACGCCCCGUCCAAUGUGGGCCCUGACAUUGGUGGACCAAUGGUGGAGAGGGGGUUCCUGAGCCUCUACACCUCUGCAACCGCACCGUGUCGAUGCUUACGAGACCAGGUGAGGGAGGAAGUCGGCCGAAUUCUGCAACGCUACGGUGAUGAGCCGCUGAGCCUGACCAUCACCGGUCACAGCCUCGGCGCAGCACUGGCCACACUCACGGCCUACGAUAUAACGACGACCUUCAAUCAAGCUCCGUUGGUAACGGUGUUCUCAUUCGGGGCGCCACGUGUAGGCAACCGGAGCUUCAGGUGCCACGUGGAGAAAUGCGGAAGCAAGAUACUGCGCAUCGUUAAUUCGCAUGACCUCAUCACCAAAGUCCCUGGUUUUGUGAUCGACGACCAUCACCACCACCACCAUAACCAUAAUAAUCACGGCGAUACGUUGAAGAAGAAGAAGGGAGGCAGCCGUGUGGCAGCAGGCUUUCCGAGCUGGCUCCAGAAGCGAGUCGAGGAGACACAGUGGGUGUACGCCGAUGUGGGUCGGGAGCUCCGAGUCAGCAGCGGAGACUCAUCUUAUCUAACGUGGCCGAUUACCAACGUCGCCACGUAUCACGACUUGGACACCUAUCUCCAAUUAGUCAACGGUUACGUAAGCUCCAACUGUCCUCUCAAAGAUUCUGCAAAAAGAGUUCUGAAUGGACAAAACAGAAAAAUAACACACGCAGUUAGAUAGCGAUCAGCGGACAGAUUCGUGUACACACGCGAUUUGUAUUCUUUUGUACAUAAGUCAGGAGAUGAUUGAGUCUGAGUCAACAAGAUGACCUCCCCCCCUUCCCUUCCUUCUCAAUUUGCUGCGACCUACGGAGCAUGGAGUAUGGAGAUCAAGGUGGUGCUCUGCGCCACUUUUAUUUUUGUAGAAGUACAACUGAUUAAUUUCCUCAUUCCAGAGACUAACAUGCGCCACGGGUGCUGCUACUCGUUCAAUUCGUCAGCUGCCCCUUCAACUGUA